AUGGGGAUAUCGCGAGUAAUGAUGGCGGCCGUGACUGUGGCAUCCGUCGUGAGCUUUAGUUCGGUGUAUGCAGCAGCGGAUUACGCACGAUGGCGUCCACCAGGGCCGGGUGACGUCCGUGGGCCAUGCCCUGCACUGAACAGCCUUGCAAACCAUGGCAUACUGCCUCACAAUGGCAAGCGAAUGACUUAUCCGACCUUACUUGAAGGCAUAUCAGAGGGUUUAAAUGUUGGAUUUGACCUCACCCUUGUUGCCGGAACUGGAGGGAUGAUAGGGGCGAAAAACCCGCUUCAGCUUUACUUCAACUUAGACGAUCUGGCGAAUCACGACUUGUUUGCCGAACACGAUGCAAGCUUAUCACGAAGUGACAUAUUCUUUGGCGACAAUAACAGCUUCAACGAGACAAUCUGGCAGAGCGUUCUCGACUAUUUCAGACACGACGAAACCGUAAGCUUUCUAGCAGCUGCUAAGGCUCGGCUAAAUCGCAUCAAAACAGAAAGAUAUUUAAGUGUGUUUGGGAACCCUGAUACAGGACAUCCCCAGGUUGAUUGGAUCAGGAUUUUCUUCGAGCAAGAACGGUUGCCAUAUGAUGAGGGAUGGGAGCGACCAUCUAAACAAACAAACGCGGUAACCCUCGCGCCUUUGGUUGCAAAGCUCAUGGUAGCUGGUGGGCAAAUUGUUCCAGAGGCAUAUGCUAAAGUGGUCGCUGAGGCUGGAGCGGACGAAAGCAUGCUCUGCUUAGUCACCAACAAAAUCCCGCCUUCUCGCCGCAGGAACAGAUCGCGAACGGACAGUGAUAGCGACAUCGACCGCGCUACAACACCCAAAGCUCCGUUUGGAAGUUUUAUCAACCUGACCAGAAAUCGCCUCACAUUCGCAAUGGAAGUCCUUCACAAUCCCCCGGAAGCCUCCUCAUUUAUUCCGCUUGCCGAACACCAAUCGCAUACCCCAGUAUCGUUCUACUCAGGCCCCCCGAUCCUGCACCAUUUGAGCGAACGAUGUAAAAUAGUGAUUUUAGAAAGGGAAUUAAGCAAAUCCGCUGCCUUGAGCGGGUUGCGACCAAGUGUGACGGGAGCUGAAGCUGUGAAUGGCACUCCAGUUGGUGAAACUUCCGUUUCCGCUACAGCUCCCGCGGCCGCGAGUUCGGAUCGGGAGAAAGAGAUUGUGAUAGAUGGGAUCGAUGUUUGGGUAACAUCUGAGCGCCUACUCCUCUACUCCCAGCCUUCUAAAACCGGUGUCACAAUCCCAUACCCAUCCAUCUCCCUGCAUGCGAUUCAGCGCCUGCAAAUACCUAACUCCAAUCCCCUCGCGACUCCAUCCACUGGAGAUGAAAAUACUGUGCAGGGGCUAUAUAUGCAACUUGCAACAGACAGUAAUGACAACCAGGAGGAUGAGGACAUGGAAGAAGGUAGCAUAUGUCUAACAAUUGUACCUCCGCCUCCGCCUCCCCAACCACAACCACAACCUCAAGCACAAGAACAACAGCAACAGCAACAACAGCAAGAAGACAACCUCAUCACUACAGAAGAAGAGGAAAACAAACCCAGCCAAACCCCAACACAAGACCUCUUUGCCGCCGUCUCAGCCUGCUCGAACCUGCACCCAGACCCACCCUCGCAACCUGGAAGCGACGACGAAGGUGACACGGAUAUGCAGGAUAACCCAACCCAACAACUGGAUAGUAGUAUCUUGUAUCAGAACGGCGUGAUCAUUCCUGGCAAUAACGCUGGCGGCCUACCGCCUGCGAUGCCCGGGAGUGGAGGUUGGAUUACGGCGGAGAAUGUGCAUGAGUAUUUUGAUGAGGAAGGGAAUUGGAAAGGGGGGGAUGGUAAUGAGGGUGAGCAGGGCGAAGGGUCGGGUGGAGUUUCUUUGGGCCCAGGGGCGGGGACGGUUAGGCCUCGUGAGGAAGGGGGUGAGGAUAAUGCGAGGGUCGGUUGCGAGGCGGAUGCGGGUGAGGGUGGGGAGGAGACGAAGUGGAGGAGAACGGGUUGAGUGUUAACUAUUGUUUCAAAAAGGAAUAAUCUGUAAAUUUGGAUGUUUUAUGAUAUUUUUCUCUUUCAUACCUCGAGGUGAGUUUUCUGGCUUAUGUAUUAGAUAAUUUACCUUGGUAGGUAGGAAGGUAUAGCCAUGAAAAGAAGAUUAAUUGUAUUUGUUUGGUUUCAGACAGGGUGUGCUCAUCGUGAGAGGCCUACAACGGGUGCAAUUAAACAUUAAGACAACGAUCAACGGCUUCGAGAAAUAGACGGGUGAAACAAACAACAAUUGCACAGUCCACGCAAAUCGAAUACAACGGCAAGCAGAAGCGGCACCGUUACCUACAGGAGGAGGAAACGGAAAUGAUCAAGAUCACAUCCAGGACAAAUUAUUGAAGUCAGCGAAAUACUACCCCCAUUCCCAUUAGUAAACAUGCCAAACAAGAGACCAACUCACAAAAGGCUAAGCGCGAGAAAAGAAAGCCAACAGGAUCAGAACGGAGAAGAGCAACGUAUGACAGAGGACCCUAAAUGGAUAUGCACCAAGUAGUAGUUCAAACAAUUCCAAAUAGAAGACAUAACUACCUAGAACCAAUAGCAAUUAAAAUUCAAGAGCGACAACAAUAAUAACUCAUCUUUGCCGUGCACCAUAUUCCAUACCUACCUUACUCUCGCCCAUAU